GUGGUACAUUCUGGCAGCAGCUGUUGCCAUGGUCGGCGCAACAUAUGCGGCGGUGCCCCUGUACCGCAUGUUCUGCCAGGCCACCGGGUAUGGCGGCACCGUGAUUGAGGGCAAGGCGGUGGAGGACAAGAUCCGGCGGCGGGAGCAGAGCCCGGAUGCGGCGGUGGAGGCGGCGGCGGCGGCGCGGCAGGUCACCGUCUACUUCAACUCGGAUGUGGCGGACGGCAUGCCCUGGAGGUUUGUGCCCACGCAGCGCAGCGUCAGGCUGCACCCCGGCCAGUCCACGCUGGCCUUCUACACCGCAGAGAACCGGUGCGACAGGGCGGUGACGGGGGUGUCCACCUACAACGUGGCGCCGCAGCAGGCGGGCCAGUACUUCAACAAAAUCCAGUGCUUCUGCUUCGAGGAGCAGAAGCUGCGCCCCGGCGAGAAAAUCGACAUGCCCGUCUUCUUCUACAUCGACCCCGAGUUUGCCACCGACCCCAAGAUGACGGGCAUCAACACCAUCACGCUCAGCUACACCUUCUUCAAGGUGGCGGAGGAGGAGUAUGAGGAGGAGGAGGAGGCGGCCCCAGCAACACCGCUGGCCAUCUCGGCUGCGGCGCAGUGAGCGGGCCCGGCGGGGCCCCUCCUAAGCAGCAGGUGCGGGGCUGCAGCUGCUGUCGGCGGCCAACAGGGAGCGACCAUCAUGCCUGACAGCACCUCCCUUUUUCCUCGUGCUUGUGCCAUCAGCUCAUGUAAUCUUAUGCUGUC